AUGAAGAAAGCCAUUUGGACAGAAGUGAGGAUCUAUCGGCGCUGCUGGCUGGUGUUUAAGAAGUCGUCCAGUAAAGGACCUCGCAGACUGGAAAAAUACCCUGAUGAGAAGUCCGCCUACAUCAGAGCCUGUCCUAAGGUGACAGAGAUUAGUAAUGUGAAGAACAUCACAAGAUUGCCUCGUGACACGAAGCGGCAAGCCGUGGCCAUCGUCUUUACAGAUGACACCUCUCGAACCUUCACCUGUGAAUCAGAGCUGGAGGCUGAAGAGUGGUUUAAGACCUUGUCUAUCGAGUGCCUGGGGACACGUCUGAAUGACAUCAGUCUUGGGGAACCAGACCUCCUGGCCGCUGGAGUUCAGUGUGAACACACAGAGCGCUUCAACGUGUUCCUGUUGCCCUGCCCCAAUCUUGACAUCUACGGAGAGUGUAUGAUGCAGAUCACGCAUGAAAACAUCUACCUGUGGGAUAUUCACAACCCUCGCACCAAGCUAGUAACCUGGCCGCUUUGCUCGCUGCGGCGCUACGGACGGGAUGCUACGCGCUUCACCUUUGAGGCUGGCAGGAUGUGUGACAGUGGGGAGGGUCUGUACACUUUCCAGACACGGGAAGGAGAGCAGAUCUACCAAAGGGUUCAUUCUUCCACUCUAGCUAUUGCUGAGCAGCAUAAGAGAGUCCUCAUGGAAAUGGAAAAAAACAGCAAGCUUUUAUCUAAGGGUUUAGAGGGGACUUCCUACCCCUGCACCCCGACAGCAAUCUUACCACGAAGUGCUUUCUGGCACCACAUCUUUGAACAUCCUAAGCCCAGUUCACAGAGCAUGGCCUACCCUGAAACCUCAACCAACAUGACAUUCCAGUUGGAAUUUGAACAUCCUAAGCCCAGUUCACAGAGCAUGGCCUACCCUGAAACCUCAACCAACAUGACAUUCCAGUUGGAAUUUGAACAUCCUAAGCCCAGUUCACAGAGCAUGGCCUACCCUGAAACCUCAACCAACAUGACAUUCCAGUUGGAAGUCUAA